AUGUCUCAGGUAGACAACAGAAAUUCGUCAGCAGCUAAGCGAGCUAGAACUGACGGGGGACGCAGAGAAGAUGAUUGGACCUGCCCUAGUUGUGGCAAUGUCAAUUUUUCAUUCAGGACAACUUGCAAUAUGCGCAAUUGCCCUCAGCCUAGACCUGCAGAUCACAAUGGAAAGUCUGCUCCCAAACCUAUGCAACAACGAAGCUUCUCAUCGCCAGGGCCAUAUAUAGGAUCUGGGGGUCCUCCAUUAUAUAUGGGCGGGUCGCCGUAUGGAUCCUCUCACUUUAAUGGGUCGUCUAUGCCUCCUUAUGACGUCCCCUUUUCCGGUGGUUCUCCUUAUCAUUUUAACUAUAAUUCCCGAAUCCCUGCUGGAGCUCAUUUCAGACCACUGCAUAUGUCUGGACCACCUCCAUACCAUGGCGGAUCUAUGAUGAGAAGUGGUGGAAUGUAUGGAAUGCCUCCACCAAUGGACAGGUAUGCCCUUGGUAUGGCCAUGGGUCCUGCUGCUGCCGCUGCUAUGAUGCCUAGACCCGGGUACUAUCCAGAUGAAAAAUCACAAAAAAGAGAAUCAACUCGUGAUAAUGAUUGGGCGUGUCCUAAUUGUGGAAAUGUGAACUUCUCGUUCAGAACUGUAUGUAACAUGAGAAAGUGCAACACUCCAAAGCCUGGCUCCCAGCAAGGUGGAAGCUCAGAUAAAAACUCCAAACAAAAAGCACCGGAAGGGAGCUGGAAGUGUGACAAUUGCGGAAAUAUAAACUAUCCAUUCAGAAACAAGUGCAACAGGCAAAACUGUGGAGCUGAUAAACCAGAGGAUCCGUCGAACGAAUCUCCUUCCCGUGGACAAGAAGAGAACGAUCAGGUUUGUCACGCGACGUUGUCUGAUCAAGCGGGUGUCGUAAUGUCAGUCCAAUGUCUCGUAAGGUCGUCCAUGUCGCAGCAGUCGUGA